GCAGGUUCUGUGUCCUUUCUUCUCGCGAAUCCCGCCCCUUGUUCCCGGGCACUGGGCGUUUUUCCGCGGAGCGCGUGUUUCUGUUUAUUUACACUAGUUUUAAAGGAUUUGAAAUCGAGUGAAUUCUCUGACAUUUGAGCACACGACCCAGAAAUACUUGGAGAAAAAACUGGUUCCAAAGGACCGGGACUGACCGCAGAAAUGAGUCCUGCAGAUGCCCUUGAUGAUGAAAAUACAUUUAAAAUCUUAGUUGCCACCGAUAUUCAUCUGGGAUUUAUGGAGAAAGAUGCAGUCAGAGGAAAUGAUACAUUUGUAACAUUUGAUGAGAUUUUAAGACUUGCCCAGGAAAAUGAAGUGGAUUUUAUUUUGUUAGGUGGUGAUCUUUUUCAUGAAAAUAAGCCCUCAAGAAAAGCAUUACAUACCUGCCUCGAGUUAUUAAGAAAGUACUGCAUGGGUGACCGGCCUGUACAGUUUGAGAUUCUCAGUGACCAGUCAGUCAACUUUGGUUUUAGUAAGUUUCCGUGGGUAAACUACCAAGAUGGCAAUCUCAACAUUUCGAUUCCAGUGUUCAGUAUCCAUGGCAAUCAUGAUGAUCCCACAGGGGCGGAUGCCCUCUGCGCCCUGGACAUACUAAGCUGUGCUGGAUUUGUAAACCACUUUGGACGUUCGGUGUCUGUGGAGAAGAUAGACAUUAGUCCAGUUCUCCUCCAAAAAGGAAGCACAAAAAUUGCUCUGUAUGGCUUAGGGUCCAUUCCAGAUGAAAGGCUCUAUCGAAUGUUUGUCAAUAAAAAGGUAACAAUGUUGAGACCAAAAGAAGAUGAGAACUCUUGGUUUAACUUAUUUGUGAUUCAUCAGAACAGGAGUAAACACGGAAAUACUAACUUCAUUCCAGAACAAUUUUUGGAUGACUUCAUUGAUCUUGUUAUCUGGGGCCAUGAACAUGAGUGUAAAAUAGCUCCGACCAAAAAUGAACAACAACUCUUUUAUGUAUCACAACCUGGAAGUUCAGUGGUUACUUCUCUUUCCCCAGGAGAGACUGUAAAGAAACAUGUUGGUUUGCUGCGUAUUAAGGGAAGGAAGAUGAAUAUGCAGAAAAUCCCUCUCCACACAGUACGGCAGUUUUUUAUGGAGGAUAUUGUUCUGGCCAAUCACCCAGACAUUUUUAACCCAGAUAAUCCUAAAGUAACCCAGACCAUUCAGAGCUUCUGUUUGGAGAAGAUUAAAGAAAUGCUUGAAAAUGCUGAGCGAGAACGUCUGGGAAAUUCUCGACAGCCAGAGAAGCCUCUCAUUCGACUUCGAGUGGACUACAGCGGAGGUUUCGAACCUUUCAGUGUACUUCGCUUUAGCCAGAAAUUUGUGGAUCAGGUAGCUAAUCCAAAAGAUGUUAUCCAUUUUUUCAGGCAUAGAGAACAAAAGGAAAACACAGGAGAAGAGAUCAACUUUGGGAAGUUCAUCACAAAACCUUCAGAAGGAACAACUCUAAGAGUAGAAGACCUUGUAAAACAGUAUUUUCAAACUGCAGAAAAGAAUGUGCAGCUCUCGCUUCUCACCGAAAGAGGAAUGGGUGAAGCAGUACAAGAAUUUGUGGACAAGGAAGAAAAAGAUGCCAUAGAGGAACUAGUGAAAUUCCAGUUGGAAAAAACACAGCGAUUUCUUAAAGAACGUCAUAUUGAUGCCCUGGAAGAUAAAAUCGACGAAGAGGUGCGGCGUUUCAGAGAAAGCAGACAAAAAAACACUAAUGAAGAAGAUGAUGAAGUUCGAGAGGCUAUGACCAGGGCCAGAGCCCUCAGAUCUCAGUCUGAGGACUCUGCUUCCGCCUUUAGUACUGAGGACCUUAUGAGUAUAGAUUUUGCAGAGCAGAUGGCCGAUGACUCUGACGAUGACAUCGCAGCAGCAGCCAACAAAGGAAGAGGCCGUGGAAGAGGCCGACGAGGGGGAAGAGGCCAGAGUUCAGCCCCGAGGGGAGGGUCUCAGAGAGGAAGAGCAGGCAGUGGUCUGGAUACUUCUACUCGAGGCAGGAGUUCAAAGGCUGCUUUGUCAACCUCUAGAAAUAUGUCUAUUAUAGAUGCCUUUAAAUCUACAAGACAGCAGCCGUCCCGAAAUGUUGCUACUAAGAAUUAUACAGAGAUGAUUGAAGUAGAUGAGUCGGAUGAGGAAGAAGACAUGUUUCCUACCACUUCAAAAACAGAGCAGAGGUGGCCAAGCACAUCAUCAUUAUCAAGCAAGCGCAUGUCCCAGAGCCAGAUAGCUAAAGGCGUCGAUUUUGAAUCCGAUGAGGAUGACGACGAUGAUCCUUUUAUGAACACUAGCUCUUUAAAAGGAAACAGAAGAUAAUAUAUUUAAUAGCACUUCGAAGCAUUCAAGAUUCAGGAAAAAUCAAAACACUGCAAGCCUAGAGUUUACAACUGAAGAGUUUUUUAAGCAUUGCUGUUAAUUAAAGAAUUUGAAAAAGA